AUGCAUAAAAUUAAAUAGACUAAAUAGUGUGCUUAAUGUGAAGCUAUGGAUCCCUCAUAUUCAUUCGGAUGUUCAUAUUUAAUUUAUUGAUAGAAUGUGAACAUCAUUUCUGUAAGGACUGUUUCAAGCAGAUAUUAACCAAUACUGUGUAAUCUAAGAAAUCUAAAUUUUAAAUUAAGUGCCCCAUUGAUUCAUGCAAACACCAAAUCGACCUAAAAGAACUACUAAAAUAUUUGACAUUGCCGAAUACAUGUAAACGUUGUAAUUUAGAAUAAUCCUAUACUUGCGGUUAAUGUGUCGUAAGAGAGAUAGAGGAGAUAGCAAAAAUCAAUUAUUAUUCUAAAUUGCUAAAAUUUGAAACCCUAGUUAAUUUGGAAACAUAAAAAGAACUGAAUGAAGAAAUCUCAAAGCUUGAAUUAAUUUGUCCAGUUUGUAGAGAAUUCAAUUAAAUUCCAAUUAUAGUUUGUAUGUAAGGUCAUGAAAUUUGCAAAGAUUGUUAUUAUAAUAUUAGGAAUAUAGAAGAUGUGAGACAGGCAUGUCCAAUUUGUAAAUAAGAAUUAUUACAAGCACCUCCAAAUAGUUUGAGAGCAUAGGUGUUAAUAAAAAAUUUAAGUAUAAAAUGUCCUAAUGAUAAUUGCAAAUAGGUAGUCAAGUAUCCAGAAUUUGUUUAGAAUCAUUAUCGAAAUUGUAUUAGAUUUAUGUUACUAUUAAAUUAGGUUGCGAAUAAAAAAUAGAAUGCUAAGAUUGCCAUGAAAAGGUUGAGCAAUUAUUUUAAGAUAUUCAUCAUUCAAAUUAUUGUACAGGAAAUGUAUGUCCAUUUUAUUGUUCACGGAAGUUAGGAGUACUAAUUUACAUUAAGAUAAGGAACAUUAAACUAAUUUUAUUAUGGAGCAUAUAUAGUCGACAAUGAGAUAAAGCGAUGUUGCACAUUCAUUUUUGGUUCGUAUGCAAGUUAUUGAGAAAUUCUUAUUUAGAGGCUCGUUUGGCAGCUGUCCAUAAUGUGAAUUAUAGUAUGCAUGGUAAGUAGAUGUUAGAGGCAUCCAAUAGACAUUUUGUUUUUAUUGUUUUCAAUUUACAGGUUGA